AUGUUAAAAAAAACGCUAAUGUUUAAUAGGCCUCCGAUUAGAAAUUUUUUCAAAGGAGUUCUCGAAAAGAUAAAUCCCUUCAAGAAAACUGUUUACAAGCCGAUAAUAAUUGAUAAUGAAUUCGGCAAAUAUGAAAUUGUUCUACCUCAAGAAGUAUCAAUGAAGAAAAAAAAAAUUCCAAAACAUAUUAGAUUACCAAAAUAUGCCUCGUCUACUUAUGGUAUGCCAGAGCAUGUUGAUAUGGAGUUUGUUGAAAUAAAAAAUAACCAACAAAUUGAGUGCAUGAGACAAAGCUGUGCACUAGCUAGAAAGAUUCUCAAUAGUGUUGGGCCCUUAAUUAAGGAAGGAGUAACAACGGAAUUUCUAGAUGAUGCCGUAUUUGAAAUGAUUAUAUCAAAUGGAGCUUACCCAAGUCCUUUAAAUUAUUUACGUUUUCCAAAAUCGAUUUGCACAAGCGUAAAUAAUGUUGCGUGCCAUGGGAUUCCUGAUAAUAGGCCACUGCGAAAUGGUGAUAUUCUGAAUGUUGAUAUUACGGUAUUUCUAAACGGAUAUCAUGGCGAUUGUUCAACAAUGUUUGCAGUUGGAGAAAUCGACAAUCAUGCUAAGAAACUAAUUGAUACCACGAAAAACUGUCUUGAUGCUGCAAUUAAUAUUUGUAAACCUAGUGAAGAUUUCAGAACUAUCGGGGCUACUAUUGAAAAGUUAGCGAAUGAAAAUGGUUUUACAGUUGUCCCAUCAUUUUGUGGUCAUGGGAUCGGGACUUAUUUCCACGGGCCUCCAGAUAUAUAUCAUUUCGCAAAUGAUUUUCCCGGUAAAAUGGCACCCGGAAUGACAUUUACAAUAGAACCUCUGCUAACUCAAGGUAAAAAAGAUAUUGCUAUUCUUGAAGACUCAUGGACCGCAGUGAUGGUUGACUUUGCUAGAACAGCGCAGUUUGAGCAUACCAUUUUGAUAACCGAAGAUGGUUGUGAGAUACUUACAUUGUAG